CUGAAUUACAAAUUUCAUCUCUCGUCUGUUCUCAUCCUCCCUGCUCAUCAGUUCAGUCCACUUCUGCUUUGAGUCAUGGAACUCGUGGGCUUUAGUUUUGCAAAGCUCCCUUUUCAUCGCUUCGUUUUUGCGAUUGCGAUUGCAUUAUGCUUUGUUCGAGUCUCCUCGGCAUCAAAUGAAACCGACAUAUCCGCAUUGCUUGCAUUCAAGGCUGGGAUAACUAAGGACCCUCUCAAGGUGCUUAGCUCCUGGAACAAUAUGGUCAAUCUUUGCCAAUGGUACGGUGUUACAUGUAGUCGCCGGCACCACAACAGAGUCACCAUAUUGGACCUGAGUGCUCAGAAGAUAUCCGGGUCUAUCUCCCCUCAUAUCGGGAACCUUAGCUUCCUAACGGGAUUGUGGCUCCAAAAUAAUAGCUUUCACCGUGAAAUCCCUCCCCAAAUCGGGCAAUUGCACCGGUUACGCAAGAUGGGGCUGUACAACAAUUCUCUCAUGGGUGAAAUCCCCAAGAACAUCUCAGGCUGCCUUAAGCUCCUUGGCGUGGACUUGUCUGAUAACCAACUGAGUGGAGAAGUUCCUCCAGAGAUGGGUUCAUUGGUGAAGCUUCAGAUUCUUUAUUUAGAACAAAACAAUCUAACAGGAAGUAUCCCUUCUUCCAUUGGGAACUUAUCAUCGUUGAAGGAGCUCGAUGUUUCUUACAAUUACUUGGGCGGGAGUCUUCCUCGGGCUCUGGGCCAACUGACCAAACUAACAGCAAUUGGUUUGCUCGAAAACUGGUUGUCCGGUACGGUUCCACCUUCCCUCUACAAUUUAUCUUCAUUGAUAAUAUUUGACAUAGGAUAUAACCAAAUACAUGGAAGUCUUCCCACUACAGUGGGCUUUGGUCUCCCCAACUUAGCAUUUUUCGGCAUUGAGGUGAACCAAUUUGUUGGAUCAAUCCCUUUGUCUAUACCUAAUAAUGCCUCAAAUCUACAGUUACUUCAGCUUGGAGGCAACAAGCUCUCAGGGAAUGUACCUUCUUUUGAAAGCUUGCAUGACCUUCAAAUUUUGCGAAUUGACCAUAACCACCUCGGAAGUGGGGGAUCUGGUGACUUGAAAUUCCUUUGCUCAUUAACCAAUAUCAGUAGCUUAACCGGCUUGGAUAUUUCUGGUAAUAGACUAGGUGGGCUGUUGCCGAGAUGCAUUGGUAAUUUCUCCAUUACUAUCAAAGAAUUAAAUUUCGGACAAAAUCCUAUUAUUGGUGAGAUUCCUAGAGAAAUCAUCAAUCUUGUGAACUUGGAAGUCUUGGGGAUGUACAACAACAGUUUUUCAGGUGCUAUCCCGAUCGAUGUGGGAAAUCUUCAAAAUCUGUCAGUUCUGAGUCUCUCCUAUAACAAUCUAUCAGGGGUAAUUCCAUCCUCUCUGCAGAAGAUGAAGCGAUUGAUUUAUUUACAUCUUGAUGGGAAUCACUUUCACGGGCACAUACCUUCACAUCUAGAUAAGUGUAGUCUGAUGGUGCUUGAUCUUUCUAAAAACAAUCUCAAUGGUUCCAUGUUCCCAGCGGUUAAAACUCUCCUCUAUUUGAACUUGUCUCACAACCAUUUGAAUGGGGCCCUUCCAACGGAAGUGGGACAAAUUAACCAUUUAGAUACUUUGGACGUAUCGGGCAAUAUGUUCGGUGGUGAAAUUCCAAGCACUCUAGGUGAUUGUAAUGCAUUGGUUGUAUUAGUAAUGAAGGAUAACCACUUCCAAGGAUCCAUUCCUCAAUCAAUUAGCUCAUUAAGAAGCAUUGAGAAAUUGGAUCUUUCCAAUAACAAUCUAUCAGGUGAGAUUCCGAAGUUCUUAGAGGUAUUUCACUUCCUGAAAAUUCUGAAUUUAUCCCAUAACAAUUUUGAAGGCAUGUUACCAACUGAAGGAGUCUUCAAGAAUGCAAGUGCCACUUUUAUUGAAGGAAACAACAAGAUCUGUGGAGGAAUCCCGGAAUUUCGGCUCCCUAAAUGUGUCUCUAGACACUCCAAGAGCAAAGGAGUAGUUCGUAAAUUGAAACUCUUGCUCUCUACUAUUUUUGGGCUUCUAGGGGUGGUUCUUGUUCUGGUUUUUGUGUAUGUAUGUUGGUUGAAGAAGAAGAAAGCACAAGAACCCACUUCAAGUUCCAUAGCUGAUAGCUGGCAAAACUUAUCUUAUGGAACUCUCCUUAAAGCAACUAAUGGUUUUUCUUCAACUAAUUUGAUCGGUGUUGGUAGUUUUGGAUCCGUUUACAGGGGAAUACUCCAGGAGAAUGGGACUAGCGUUGCUGUGAAGGUGCUUAAUUUAAUGCGUCAUGGAGCUCUGAAGAGCUUCAAAGCCGAAUGUGAGGCCCUAAAGUGUAUCAAACAUCGAAAUCUUUUGAAGAUACUAACGGUAUGCUCAGGUACUGACUAUAAAGGAAAUGACUUUAAGGCUUUAGUCUAUGAGUUCAUGAUCAAUGGUAGCCUCGUAGAGUGGUUGCACCCAUAUCCAAUACCAGCUGAUGUAGAUGGGCCCUCAAAAAUUUUGAAUCUCAUCCAAAGGAUAAAGAUUUCCAUCGACAUCGCUUUUGCAUUGGAUUAUCUUCAUAACCAAUGCCACAAUGCCAUAGUUCAUUGUGAUCUAAAGCCAAGCAAUAUCCUUUUAGACGUUGAGAUGGUUGGACAUGUCGGUGACUUUGGAUUGGCAAAGUUCGUCCUUGAAUCCACAUCUUACACGAACACAAAUAUAAGCUCAGCUGGUUUGAGAGGAACAAUUGGUUAUGCUGCUCCAGAAUAUGGAAUGGGAAGUGGGGUCUCUGUUGAAGGGGAUGUCUAUAGUUAUGGCAUCCUCUUGCUAGAGAUGUUCACAGGAAUUGGUCCAACAGAUGAGAUAUUCAAAGAAAAUUCGAACCUUCAUAAUUUUGUUGAGGAAGCUAUGCCUAAACGAGUCCUGGAGAUUACCGAUCCCAUUUUAGUUCAAGAAGUAGAGAGCUAUGCAGGCCAAAGCAGAAAGAGUACGGUCCAAAAUUGUCUGCUAAUGGUCUACGAAAUUGGGGUCGCCUGCUCAGUUGGAGUCCCAAGAGAGCGAAUGAGCAUCACAGAUGUGGCAGCUCAACUACGUUCAAUUAGGGACAGACUUUACGCGGCUGGUUUAUAAGGAUAAGUAAUAUACUAAAGCAGUAAGUUUUCUAGUACCUCCUACGAAUUAUGCCAAACUGAACCGCUUAUGCAUAGACAAGCACCUGACUUCACGCAUUUUUUUUCAUAUCAAGAUAUACUCAAUUGUCUGGUAAUGUGAAGAUGGAGCCAUGGAAGUAAUAAAAUCAUCAUGCGGAGCCAAAGUGGGGUUGGAAAAAUAGUGAAGUCAUCCGAUGGACUAUGGCAUAUGGGAACCUUUAGUUGACUCAAAGUCAAUUUUAAUGUCUUCGUUCCCUUCGGGAGAUAGGGAGAGGUGGCAGGAGGCCUUCAUCUCUUAUGCAAACGCGGGACAAUUGCUUCUCUAAUGUGUUGUGAGGUUGGUGAGUCGAGUUCUGAUGUAGAUUAUAAAUAGUUUAGACCGUGAAGAACAAAGGUGUGUUUCAAUGUUCCUUUGAAACGAAAGUUGGCAUGUAAGAAGACAACGAAGUAUCAGGAAUGAUGCUGUCAUCUAUACAGCUGUACUGUAUAUCCGGACUAUUGAA